CGUGUCUUUUUAAGGCCAUUUAAGUGUUUAUUAACCAGGAACAACAGUUAUAACUACCUAGUCAGUCUCCAGGUGGAUUUUGACAGGAUAAGUCAGAAAGUUGAAUUUUAAAGCGAACGUUUGAUAAACAUAAACCUUUCCUUGGAGAAAUAAUGCGACAAUAAAGUGCUCUUGAUAUGGCAACAUCGAUAGACGGUGACUCCGCAUCAGCUCAGAAGGACAGUAAGCUUUUCAUUGCGGCCAUAGACUUGGGAACUUCAUUUUCUGGGUGGGCAUUUGCCACUAUUUCGGAUCUGGAGCAAGAAAUAAAGCCUAAUAUAUAUAUUAAGUCUUGGUAUUCAACAUACACGCAAUUUGCAACAGGAAAAACACCAACAUGCGCUUUGAUAAAACCAGACGGUCAAACCCUAGACUCAUUUGGCUACGAGGCAGAGAGAAAAUAUGACGAUUUAGUAUCAAAGAAACAACACGAUAGUUAUUUCUUCUUUAAAAACUUCAAAACUAGUCUGUAUGGAAAAUAUUACCAGCCGUUAAAUACUGGCAUGAAGCUUAUCGAUCAAAUGGGAAAGGUGCUACCAGCAAUCAUCGUAUUCUCAGCAAGCAUUCGGUUUUUAGCCGAGGACAUGUUCACUGAUUUAAAAAGAAGAUUUCAAGAUAUAAGACCGGGAGAUAUUAAAUGGGUAAUUACAGUUCCUGCCAUCUGGACAGACCAAGCAAAAUAUUUGAUGAGGGAAUCUGCCUUACAGGCAGGAUUAUCGUCGGAGAGCAUAAUUAUAGCACUUGAGCCAGAAGCUGCGUCAGUUUGUUGCCGACAACUUGAUGUGUGUACUGUUGAUAGAGACACGGGUGUUACAUUAUCCUCCCUUAAUGUUGGUAGUAGAUACCUCGUGCUGGAUGCUGGGGGUGGAACAAUAGAUUUAACAGUACAUGAAAUCACAUCUGCACAAUGUAUUAAACAAGUAGUGGCCUCAAGUGGGAAUAUAUACGGUGGUAAUGCAGUCAAUGAUGAGUUCGAAAAGUUAUUGAAAACAGUUUUAUCUGAUGAAAAGUACGAACGAUUUAAACUGUCAGAAACUGAAGAUUGGAUGUACUUAAUGGGUGACUUUGAAACCAAAAAGAAAUCUUACAACCCUCAAAAACGUGAUCAUGUAAAUAUGAGAAUCCCGCAAAGUUUGAAAGAUAUAUAUGAAUCAAGUAAACGAGGUUCGAUUUCUAGCAUGUUUAAGAAACAUAAAAGUUUAAAAGAUGUUUUCGGAGAGAUGGAUGUCACUUUGAAAAGGGACAAGCUCUGUUUCCCGUCACACGUUUUCGACAGGUUUUUUCACCUGGCGAGCGUAAAAGCAGUGCAUGAAAUCAAAAAGGUGAUAGGAAAAAUAAAUGGAGAAAGAAUUUCCUGCAUAAUUAUGGUAGGCGGCUUCUCUGAAUGUAUUCUUUUGCAACAAGCUGUUAAAACAGAAUUUUCAGACAUUCCUGUUGUUGUACCAAUAGAGGCCUCGACUGCGGUGCUAAAAGGUGCGGUUUUGUAUGGACAUCAUCCUUUUGUUAUUUCAGAGAGGGUUGUGAAAUAUACAUACGGUGUUUCAAGUAGUGCAAAAUUCAUACCAGAUGAACACCCGAUUGAAAAACGUAUCGUCACUGAUAUCGGAGUGCAGUGCAUAGAUAUAUUCCACAAGCACGUUACUCGGGGAGAUUUAGUAAAAACUAGAGAAUCACAGUACAGAGACUGGUAUUUUCCACAGUAUCGAAAUCAGAAGAAAGUACAAUGGGAUAUAUGUGUAUCAAAACUUUCAAAUCCUAGGUUUACCACGGACAGAGACUGUCAUGUUAUUGGCAAGAUCAUCCUAUACUUGUCUGGCUCAGAUGAUAUGUGUAAUAACCCACUAGAAGUGACAUUUAUGUUUGGAGGCACAGAAAUAACUGUUACUGCAGAAGAAGCGAAGACAGGGAGAAAUGUGAAAACAGUUGUCAGUUUCCUUGAAUAAGGUUGACGUGAAAACAACGAAGUCAUUUUUUCGUCUACCAUUCCGUAGAUUUUACUUGACUGAUUUUAGAAAAAACAACGAACUAGCAAUGUCACAUAGAUGUCUUCUAAAGCGACAGGACUGGAAUCUUGCAGUUUUGUUUCAGUUGUGUUUAUGUAUAUACAAGUCAACGCAGAACAUAAUUUAUUACUAUCAUAACAAUAAUCAAAUUUUAUAAUAAAAUAUUUCAUAUUUAAAAACUGAUGGAAUUGCUGAAAAUAAAUUACAAUUUAAC